CUGAAUGAGUAGAGAGCAUGUGUGGAUAUUGUACUCCUAAAACUUUGGUCCCUAGUUAGUUUACUCAAGUAUUAGCUAUCUUUUCAUACAAUGUUGCUUAAUUGAUGAUCUGAUAUUUUUGAUGAUAAUAAUGUAAAAUAUAUACAACUAAAUAUAUAGAGUUUUAAUGGCAUUAUACAAGUAAGGAGUAUAUUUUUAUAAUAUUCAUGGUUCCUAUAAUACAGAAUUGAUAUUGAAUGCUUUCUGCAAAUCAGGAAAUAACUUUGUUUAGUAGAACUCUGUUCAUCAUUAAUUUCUAUCAAAUCUAAAUGCAUCUUCUUUUUGCAUACCAAAUAUUCCUUUUCUUAUUCUUCUCGAUGGCGCAGCAUGACAUUCUAUCCGACAACCUAGUGGCUCUUGCUAAAUACAGUAUAUAAUUCUUAUUUUCUUACUCUCUUUGGUGUGCUAUGUAUUUAGUAAAGAAGGGUACUUCUUGUUUCUAAAACAUACAUUAUCCAUGUCAUUCUCUUUUCUUUUGUUGAAUGAUUUUUGUACUUAAAUCAAUCUAUGGAGACCUGGAUGCAUGGGUUUCAUGUUUAGUAACUGGGAAAAAAAUGUUGCAACAACCCCCCUUGUCAUCCUUAUUUUCUCGUCGAAUAUGAGGUUUUAGAGAAUUUCAGGGAAACCUGAUUACUUGAUGAAACAUCUUUUAUACAUGACUGAUUUUUGGAUGAACAUAUUUAUAAAAGCAAUCAAGUAAAGUUUGGAUUAGUGCAUACACUAGCAGUUUUGAGAUUAAAAGUUUCAGAUAUUCCUGCAAUAAAGGAUUAAUCAAAGAUUAAUGGGGGAAUUUCAAUAAAUCGGGGAUUAUUAUAACAAUGGUGUUACCUAUUAAUAGCAACCUAUGCGUACAUUUUAAGGAGGAAAAUAUACAUGAAAAGGAAUAUCAUUCCAUCAAUCUCUCUAUAACUGAAUGUCUUCCUCUUUCUAGGAUUUCUGUCUUAAUAACUCAUAUCUAUGUCGAAAUCUCUCUUUUAUUGUUCAUUUCUCUCUGGAUCUCUCUAUAACCUGUUGCUUUUCUACUGUUUCUUUGCUUAUCUUCUGUGUUUCUCUUCUAAAAUAAUCAAAAACAUGCAAAAACACAUUGCCAGGACUGGAGUUCCUGACAGCUGGUAUGGAAGGUUAUUGUAGACAAAAGAAUAUAAUUAUAUUUUCACUUCUUAAAAUUAACUUUCUAAUUUAUUGUGCAUCAAAUAAACUUAGAUCAUGUCUUCCGUCAACCUCUUACCUUACCUACUUCUGUGCUCCUCAACUAGCCAUACUCGUCUUCUCAUCACAGUGUCAUGUUUAUUAUUUGGUGUUUUGGCGAAUAACUUGAAAAUUUUGCCGAAACAUUGCAGGUACUACCUAACUCUUUGUUUUUAAUCCCAUCACAAAAACCUAAAACCACACACUUCAUUUUGAGUGGGAGAUUAGGGGUUUGAUUUAGUUUUUGUUUACUUUUGAGUAUUGACUCGAUUAUUAGGAGCUGGUUUGUAUUGCUUUGAGUAUGAAAUUGCAAGUAUAGUUCGAAUCAAAAGCAUGUCGGUGUACCUUAGUUUUUAGAUUGCCAAAAGGCUGUUUGUUAAUACACGAGUACUUGAGUUAUAUCUUUCAAUCACAGUUGAUGAAUAAUGUGUUCUAACCUUGAAGGUGUUGGAUGUUAAAUUAGUCGUUAUAGUAUUAGUUUUGUAUUUGUUUAAUACCCAGGAACGCAACUGCUAACCAGGUUGUGUUAAGAAGUGUGAAUUUGAGUUAUUUGUAUAUAUUGAUCAUGUCAUUGUGUUGAGUUUAAUGAAAAUAUAUAAUUUGAAUAACAAUCUAUUUUUUAGUCUUCCAACAGCUACACAAUUCUCUCUAUUCUUUCAGUAGUCCUCCACUAUUGGUAUAAAGGUUCGCCAAGAACUAAUUAAAAUCAAGCUAGACAACUUGAAGAUUUUGGAUUGAAUGCAAACCGAUCAAAUGUAAGUAAAUAUGUAUUCUUUUUAUUGGAUGAUUUAGCCUAACCCCUUUUUGUUUGAGAAGAGUGUGAGGGGAGUCUUAACAAGGAUAUGACUAAUGAUUGGUUAAUUAAGGUAACUCUCACAUAUCUUUUCAAGAACAUUGCUUAUAGAAGACACUGAUGUGAUAUUAAUUCAAGUGUAGAAGCAACACUGUAUGACACCACCCGAACAUAAAAAAUACCAGCAUUUUCCCUAUUUACACCACUCAUAAUUAUCUCAAUUGGACCCUCCGUCCCUAUGCCUCUAUAUUUUAGUUCCCUUUACAUUGCUUCCAUUCCAAGCCAUAUUUUCUUCUGCUAAUCAUAUGAAAGAAAGGGAAGCUCAGUAUUACUUGCACAUGUUCAUCCAUUUCAAUGGAGAAAACAGUAAAGACCUCCCUUCAACUAUUCCUGAAGCUUUUCAACUCUAUUGCGGGACUGGCUCCUUAUGGUUGAUUCGUGUAUGGCAGAGUUACAUGAAAGGAGCAUCUCCUAAUGAUCAAACUUCUUUUCCAUGGUUUGUACAUGCUUAUAUCAGCCUUGGAAUCAGCUUCUGUGCCAUUACAUGCCUAGGCAUUUUUGUUGCUCACACUGCUUACUCACAUUUCCUCUCCUGUGUACCCUUUUCCAUACCAAAGACUCUCAUGAUGGCACACCUAUUUCUCAGUCUUGAAUGGGAGAAGGGACCCGACAGGGAGAUUCGACGAUUUCAAAGACUAUGUGGAGUUGGAUUUUAAUGAUCGAUUUAAUGCUUGUUUGGACCUGGGUCUAGAUGAACCAUUUAGUUUCAUAUUCUUGCUUGAUUCUUUUCAUGGAAAAGAUCAAUAUAUUUAUGUACAUUUUUUUUAAACAGAUCCAGAGUUGAGGACUGAAGAAAAAGGAAAGUAGCUAAGACUUAUGUUCAAGGAGCAGCAAAAAGGCAAACAAGUGAAUUUAGGAGUUUCAAAGAUUCCUGAUACUGUAUUGAAUAAAUUACGGAGGGUUCACUCAGAAAUCUCUUUGUCCAUCCAAGAUUAGUUAGGUUGCUACAUGUACCACUUUGUUUUGUCUUUUUUUUUCUCGUAUAUCUAAAUUGGGUCCUGGUCCCACUUUCAGGGCUGUCGGAUCUAUAUUUCAAGGGUCCAGAUUAAAACUUCGUUUUUUUAAGUAUCCGUUAUAAUUUUUCGCGGACUUUUCGGAAAGGAAAAGUCCCUGUCCGCGGAAAAUUAUAGUGGAUACUUAAAAAAAAAAGGUUUUCAAUCACAACUCUUGAAAUACAUAUCUAAGGGUAAUGAAGCUGUGUGUUAGAUAAGACCUCCAUGAAAAUCAGUUGUCAUGGACCAAAACCCAUCUAAAUUUAAGUUGGUCAGGAAGGGUAAAGGAAAGUAUCUACAAAUCAUCCUUUUCAAGCAAGCUUAUACAAUUUAAAUUGUGUUUUUGUCAUUAUGAUCGGUUUAAUAAUUUUCUUUUGUUGUUUUAUACAGACAGGCCCUGUUGUUUAUAUUGAAUUGACUUGAAUUUUAAUUUAUUAUGUUUUUUUUCCUUCAUUAUGAUCGGUUUAAUAACUUUUUGUUUUUUAUGCUGAAUAGGGAUGUGAAAGAUGCUGACCUUUUAUAUGUGAUAAAAGAAGAAGACAUGAUCAAUAUUUUUCAACUAUUUACAUCUUGUGUUAAUAUGUUCUAAAUUUAGGCUUGUCCAAUAUUUUGAUUUGAAUGUUAGCUUGCAGUGUAAUCGAACAAGUGACUUGGUUAUAUAUAGAAGUAU